CGCCGCCAUGGACAAGUGACCAAAAGGCAAAGGCGACAGAUUUCUCGGCGAUUGUCUCAAGAGCAUCGUGAAAAUGUGGAGUUACAUAUGGAGGAAAUACGCAGAUUACAAGUACAACAAAUGGGAGAGGACACAACUCUGGGACAUGAUCGAGCCUUAUCGUCGACCAAAGACCUUCACUACUUUGAUCACUCUUUACGUCGCCGCUUUUUAUACAGGCGUCAUCGGCGCCGCCAUUACUGAGCAGCUCUACAAGGAGAAAUAUUGGGAAGAUCACCCAGGUGAGACAGUGCCUUUGAUGAAGCCAAAAUUCUAUCGGGGACCUUGGAGGGUCUUUCGUGGUGAGGCUUUGGCUCCAGACAAACCAACGAACCAGUGAAUGUGAUAAGUUGUCUUAUCGGAGAAUAUCGUCAAAGUAUUUCUCGGACUGGAUGUGCUGCUUGAUACGGUGUUAUGAUGAUUCGCUGGUGUAUAUCACAGAAAACCGGUGCUAUAUAAAACUUGUUCUAGAUUUGAGUUGUCCUUGUAGCUUAUAAUGUCUACUUACUCUUUUGAGAGUUGGAUUUUCUUGUUUCUUUACAAUGUUAAGGUUCUGUUGUGAGAAAUUUAA